UGCCGUCAUCUUUCCCCCUCCCGAGCCUUCUGCGCGCGCAUCGGAACCACGGCAAGACGCACAGACCCCUUGCUCCCUCCUGCUUCCGUUGCCCGACGGAAAGAGGAGAAGCAUAGGUAAAGUGUAGCUCUCAGAGCUCAAGGCGAAUCUAGUCCUAAGUGAGAAGAGGUUGAGAAGGACCUUCUCGUCGUCAGAGGGUGAAGACGGCGGUGAAGAAACAUGGCCGCUGCCACUCGCCUUGAGCGGCUCGUCUCCUUACUCGACACUGGCUCCACUCCAGCCAUCAAAAGCACAGCCGCUCGUCAACUUGGACAAAUCGCAAGUCAGCGAGUCCGAGGAGGCGCAACUUCUCACCAACCUCUGCCGAAAGAGAGCGGACCGUCGAUCAAAGCUGAAGGCUCUCCGCCUCCCUCGUUGGGUCAGGAGGCGGAUGCGUCUCACAAACCUCAGCAGCAGCAGCAUGCUAUCGACGUCUAUCAUGGUACUCGGGGUGAAUGGGACGAGGCACUUCACCUCUGUUCGCGCAUCGUACCUUUCCUCCACUCACGGUCAUGGGAUACUCGUGAAGCAGCUGCUCUGGCCAUCGAGUCCAUCUGUAGAGGUGCAGGAGUAUGGGACCCCAUCUCCGAGACAGCAGCUGCCUCAUCCUCGUCAGCAAUCAAACAGGAGCUCAUCCAAGAUGCCGAAGCGUCUGCCGACGCACUCGCUCCCAUGUCUCAGGACGAUCUACUGUCAUUCGGAAACUUCGAUCUACCUCUUGUGCUGAAGAAUGGAGUCAAGCUGCUCUCUUCUACCGGAAAGGAAUACGACAUCUUCUCUGCUGGAGGUACGGUAGCUGACCGCUUGGCUCAAGCCAAAGCUGACAUGGCAAAGAUGGGACUGGGCGGCAUGGGCGGUAUCGACAUGGACAUUGGUCUCGACAUGGAAGAAGAGCUCAAGCAAGGAGAAGCAAACUAUGCCGCUGGCAAAACUGCCUCGACGGUUUCUUCUCCCGGUCUACCUCCUGCAAGUCUCAUCUCGAAACUACCACCUCCACGCUUUACACCUGGCGGUAGCAGUGCUGCUUCUCCCGCCUCUACUGCGACAUCCUCUGCUACAGCACCCACCACUGUUAAACGAGAAGCCACUACGCCCACUACGCCGGCCGCACCACCAAGCCCUGCCGAAGAGGUUGACCUGAGUAAGCUCAGCGCUAGAGAACGCAACCAACUCAAGAGGAAACGGAAGCUGGAAGGCAAAAACCUUGGCAACAUUUCUUCUGCCACGAUGGACAGUGGUAAGACUCGAGUGUUGGACGGUGCUGGAUCCGCUGGUGCCUCUGCGACCACACCUUCAGCAGCAGAGACUUUCUCGAGUGCUACUGGGCUACGCAUCAAGACGCCGAGCCGAUCCGGCGCUGUGACACCCACAGACUACAUCGAGGCUGGCCAGAAGGCUCACGCGAAUGGCAACUCCACUAACGGGUCGAGUCCCAUUGCAUCUCCCGGUGUAGGCAGUAAGACUUUAGCAGCCGCUUCCAGCACGGUGACUUCCAACACAGUCUCCCUCGUCGCACCUCCCGGCGAGUGGCCCUUUGCUCAUCUGACAUCGCUUCUCUUGCUUGAUCUCUUCUCUCCUCGAUGGGAGACAAGACAUGGUGCAUGUCUGGGUCUGCGCUCAAUCUUCUCAAACCAAGGCGUCGGCGCCGGCAUGUCCCUCUUGGCUGCAAGUGACGCCGAGAACCGAGCGCGCAAGGCCAAGUGGGCGGAAGAUUGUGCAGUCAAGAUCAUCUGUCUCCUCUCUCUGGAUCGACUCAGCGACUUCGUCUUCGACCACGUCGUCGCGCCAGUCAGGGAGGUAGGAGCACAAGCUCUUUCGGCGUUGCUGCCUCAUAUGAGCAAAGAGUCUGUGCAGCAGACCCAGCGAGUCCUGCUUGCCAUGAUCCGGCAGAGCUUUGUCGUGUCCGAAGACGAGAAACGACUAGGACGACGCGGGGAUGCUGGGUAUGCUUGGGAAGUCAGGCAUGCUGGGCUCAGUGGGCUGCGUUGGGUCAUCGAGGCUCGCAACCGGUCUGCAAUACAAGGUGGUGAUGUUGAAACAGCAUCACUCGCGGAGGUCGUCGAUGUCGCAGUGCUCUGCCUUGGCGACAGUGAUGAUGACAUUCGAGCUGCUGCUUCGAGCGUUUUGCUGCCAAUGGCAGACAAUGUUCUGGUGCGAGACUUGUCAGAUAGACUGCCCAAUCUUCUGAAAACCCUCUGGAACUGCCUCAGCGACCUCAAAGACGACCUCAACAGCUCCACGGGCAGCGUCAUGGAUCUACUCGCACUUCUGUUGCGCCACCAAGCUGUCAUCGAUCUUCUGCGCACAUCAGGCAAGCCUCUAGCAAGUCUAGUCCCCCUCACCUAUCCCUUCUUCCGACACACUAUCACAUCUGUCCGUCUCUCUGUACUCAACACGCUGCAGGUAUUCCUAGCUGGAGAUCUGACCCAGGAUGGGUGGCUCGACGACCGAGUCUUUCGCCUGCUCUUUCAGAACCUCAUCGUGGAGGAGAAGCCACACAUCCGUGAAGCAACAACUCGGGCUUGGCAUGCUGCUUUGGGAUGCGCAAACAGCUCCAGUACCUUGACAGACUUCUUGGUACCGCACAUCGACUCAAUGUUGCGUAUCUUGAUGACACCACUUGGUACACCAUUUGACUUCACUCUCUUCUACACUGCCGUGGCCACCACCUCAACCGAUGGCAGUCGCUACAACGUGGACAAGUCUAUCUUGAAUCAGGAUCUCGCGCUGAUAGGCGUGGAUACGGUCAUUAGGGGUCGACUUGGUGCAGCUCAUGCACUGGGUGUAGCAUUCGCCAGUCUCUCGACAGACAACGCAGCUUAUUUGCUGCUGCAGUAUCUAGACUCGCACUCGGCCCUACAAAAGUGUCUUGCUGCCACAGUAGUUCAGGAGUGGGCUGAGGCGGGAGAGAUGGUCUCUUCGACUGCCUCCCUGACGGACAGGCUACUUGAUCUGAUCAAUGCCCCUCCGCCGCCCACAUGGAGCGAGAUGACGCUUCGCCUGACAAGGAUGCAGACUGAUUGCGUCGCACUACUGCGAGCCUUCCAAAAUGAAGGCAAGGUACCAAAGGCCAAGCUUCCCACGUUGCCCACGUACGUUGAUUCUCUUGGUCACGAUCAUAGCGCCUUUACCGUCGAGAGUGCGCAACGUGUCGUCACGAGUGACUACGAUUUGCUCUCUACUGCAAUCGGCCCCAAGCUGCGACAAAUGGUUCUUCCGCUCCUCAGCGACAGACGACACAAGAUCAUUGCUGCCGUGGCCUUCUACCGCGAUGCGAAGGACAAGCAAGACACCCAGGUCUACGCAGCCAUCUCUGCCGCUCUCAUCGCCCUCAAGACGUUGCCAUCGAAGCUCAAUCCGAUCAUUAGAAGCAUCAUGAACAGUGUCAAGUUCGAGGAAAACGUCGACCUACAACAGAGGUCGGCACGAGGGGUAGCCAGCUUUGUAGCUUUUUGCAGGUCUCCCCUUGCCAAGGCGGAUCCUUCGCCCAAGAUAGUCAAGAAUCUCUGCGCAUUUGUUUGCCAGGACGCAACCAGGACAGCCAUCUUUGAGGCCACCAAGAAGACGAGGGAAGGCAUUCUGUCGCUCAAUGAGCCUCUCUCUGCCAGAAGUAGAGGCAAAGCGGCAGCCGCUCCCAAUGUCGACUUGGAUGAGAGCGAGGAGGUUCGACAGGGCAAGCUCAUUCGACGAGGUGCUGAGAUGACGCUGCAAGAGAUGGCCGACCGCUUCGGGAAGGAUCUGUUCGAUCUGGCCCCCGCCCUCUGGGAAGGUAUGACAGCGACCCUCAUCGAGGUGUUCAGUGGUCAAGAUGGAGACGCAUUGCUAGGGGCGAGUGCUGAGAAAGGUCAAGGUGUGCUGGACGGCUGUACUUUGAUCGAAGCCGUCAGCAUUCAUCUCACACAAGAUCAUCAAGGACGACUGGACUCUUUGCUUCCAGUGCUUUCAGCUGCCCUCUGCAGCUCCUUUGCCGUCGUACGGUCCGCCGCUGCAAAGUGCCUCAGCAGCCUGGCGGACUCGAUGACACAGUCGACGAUGAUACACAUCGUGAGGGACGUGCUGCCAGUCUUGGGAGAUGUCAAGAGUCUUACCAAUCGUCAGGGUGCCAUUGAGUUGCUGUCGCACGUCGUCAAUCGCCUGGACCUGAAGCUCUUGCCAUACGUGAUCGUCUUGAUCGUGCCGAUCUUGGGGAGGAUGUCUGACUCAGAUGAUGCUGUGCGCCUGAUGGCCACGAACACAUUCGCUUCCCUCAUCAAGAUGGUCCCCCUCGAGGCCGGACUGCCAGACCCUGUCGGCUUCCCUGCUGAUCUACUCCAGAGAAGGGACGAGGAGCGCAAGUUCCUUUCCCAACUCCUGGACGGUAACAAGGUCGAACCGUACGAGAUGCCAGUCGAAGUCAAUGCUGACCUCCGCAAGUAUCAGCGUGAGGGAGUUAGCUGGAUGAACUUCCUUGCCAAAUUCCAGCUGCAUGGGAUCUUGUGCGACGAUAUGGGACUUGGCAAGACGCUGCAGUCGAUUUGCAUUCUGGCCAGCAAGCACUUCGAGAGGGAUGAGAGGUGGAAAGACUCCAGAAGCCCAGACUCGGCUCCACUACCGUCAUUGGUGGUAUGUCCACCGACGCUAACGGGACACUGGUAUCACGAGAUCCAGAAGUAUGCCACGAAUCUCUCGCCACUGUUGUACUCUGGCGUGCCCGCCGAAAGGCAGGCACUGCAAUCGCAGUUCGCCAAGCACGACGUCGUGGUCAUGUCCUACGAUGUAGUGCGAAACGAUAUUGCCUAUCUCUCAACUCUCAACUGGCACUACUGCAUUCUUGACGAAGGACAUAUCAUCAAGGGAGGCAAGACCAAGACGACACAAGCGGUCAAGAUGAUCAAGGCCGUUCAUCGGUUGAUCUUGACGGGUACGCCGGUGCAGAAUAAUGUCCUCGAGCUUUGGUCUCUCUUCGACUUCCUCAUGCCCGGCUUCCUAGGCACAGAGCGCUCCUUCCACGAGCGAUUCGGCAAGCCUAUUCUGGCCACGAGGGAGGGCAAGGCUUCGGCAAAGGAGUCCGAGGCGGCCUCGUUGGCGCUGGAGUCACUCCACAAGCAGGUACUGCCAUUCCUACUGAGGAGACUCAAAGAUGAUGUCCUCGACGAUCUGCCGCCCAAGAUCAUUCAGGACGUGGAGUGUGACCUUGGAGCAGUCCAGAAGGAGCUGUACGAUGACUACAAUCGUGGCGGCAAGGACGUCGAGGAACUUUUGGAAGGCGAAGACGAGGCACCACUGGAGGAGAAGCAGCACGUCUUCCAGACUUUGCAAUACCUCCGCAAGCUUGUCAAUCAUCCUUCCCUCGUCUUUGACGCCUCGAAUCCAAAGCAUCGCGCCAUUGAGGACCGUCUCGUCAAGAGCGGUGGCUCACUUAAGGACAUCCGGCAUGCUCCCAAAUUGGAAGCCCUACGCGAACUCCUUCAAACAUGCGGUAUCGGCUUGCCCUCAGCCAACAAUGGUAGUGCAGGCAGCAGUGCCCUCGAUGACGGUCCCAUCUCCUCGCAGCAUCGAGUCUUAAUCUUCUGUCAGAUGAAGCAGAUGAUGAACAUCAUUGAGCACGAACUCUUCAAGGUUCACAUGCCAUCUGUAACCUACAUGCGGUUGGAUGGAUCCGUCCCUUCUGAGAAGCGGCAUGGAAUCGUGACGCAAUUCAAUUCGGAUCCAUCCAUCGAUGUGCUCCUCCUCACUACUCAAGUGGGUGGAUUGGGCCUGACGCUCACGGGAGCAGAUACGGUCAUUUUUGUCGAGCACGACUGGAAUCCCAUGAAGGACCUCCAGGCAAUGGAUCGCGCACACCGUCUGGGACAGAAGAGGGUGGUGAACGUGUACCGUUUGAUCACACGAGACACUCUGGAGGCACGUAUCAUGGGUCUGCAGCAAUUCAAGCUCAAUGUAGCCAAUGCCAUUGUCACACAGCAGAACAAGGGACUGGACAGUAUGGCUACAGAGCAAGUCUUGGACCUCUUUACCCCUGGUGCAGCAAGUGGAGCUGGAGUUGGAACCAAGGGGCAGGCUGCUGGAGCAGCCGAGGGAGGACAAUCCUUACUUGAGGCUGCGCUUGCGGCUGGUGGUAAGAAGGGCAAGGGAUUCAGUCAAAAGGCACUCCUUGCUGGAUUGGAAGCUAGCGGUGAUACGGGCGAUGACUAUGCUGCUAUGGGUCAGUGGAAGGGAUGAAGCGACAUCGACGGCGUGAAGGGAAAAGGUGAGAGGAGGGAAGGGAAAGCUUCGGCUGUUGUCGGAAGGGACGAGAAAUAGAUCGAUACAAGCUCUCUUCUGCUUGACCUUGCCAUGCUUCUCAACACUUGUAGAUUUCAUCUGCAAUCAAGACCUUUGCCUACAUCCCUCCUUUGCGUAUCUCCCUCAUUCCGUCUCAGGCAACCCUACCCUGUCCUUCCAAAGCUCAAAAGCCUCCUCCAGCUGCCCCUCAAGCUCGAGCCAGUAGUUCAACUUUCGCAACGGCUUGGCAUCGACAUCGAUGAUGCGCAGCAUAUGGCCCACUGUCGCUGCUGCACCCGUCUGCCGUCCGCUGCCUUCACUCUCUUCCCGAGGGGUGUUGCGUUCCCCAACAUGGGGUCCAACGAGCUUCGGGUCCAG